UGGCUAUUUGCUCCGAACGUUUAACCUGUGGCAGUGGAGUAUGUUUGUUACACAUAACUACAGUGCCGUGGUUUUGUAAGCACUGGUAACUAAGGACGCCACAGACCAGACCACGGGAGUAGAGGUAAAAAAAUAAAUACAAAAUUGCUGAGAUUACCUUGUUAGACAGCGAAAGAAUGGGCAAUGGGAUACAAUGUACAGUCGAUAUUCAGAUGUGCUCUUGCUUUUGUGUUUUGGAUCGUUGUCUUGCGGCAUAAUCCAAUUACACUUCAGCUCACAGACAGGGUGCUUUCACCUCAAAACCCUGGAGUAACAACCUAGUCGAUAUUCUGCCUUUCUGAGAAAGAAUGGCAGGGAUUGUACUGGGCGUUGGUACUGGAGUCUUUCUCAUCAUUCUCAUCUGGAUCGUGGCUCUAGUGUUUGGCAUUAUUCUCUCAAGAGCUUCAGGCGCAACAAAGCUCUCCAUAAUCCCUGUGUUUUUCCUGGCACUCGUCAUCACUCUGAUCCUGGUGUUCUUCCCCCGCAGCCCGGAGACUCCCUCUCCGAUCGGAGAGGUGGAGAUUGUGGACGGCUUCUUCGUGGGCCGCUACGUGCUCCUGUCAGUGGCUAGCCUGGUCUUCCUGGUGGCCUUCUUCAUGCUGUUACCCAUGCACUUCCUGGAGCCAGUUUAUGCCAAGCCUCUGAGGAAGCACUAGAGCCACAGAUCAACCACUUUCGACGCGGGGACCAGACCCAGGGACAUGCUACUGUCGGACCAGGGACCAGACCCAGGGACCUGCUAUUGUCAAACCAGGACCAGAUCCAGGGACCUGCUACUGACAAACCAGGACCAGACACAGGGACCUGCUACUGACAAACCAGGACCAGACACAGGGACCUGCUACUGUCAAACCAGGACCAGACCCAGGGACCUGCUACUGACAAACCAGGACCAGACACAGGGACCUGCAACUGACAAACCAGGACCAGACACAGGGACCUGCUACUGACAAACCAGGACCAGACACUGCUACUGUCUGAGCGGGGACCAGACACAGGGACCUGCUACUGUCUGAGCGGGGACCAGACACAGAGACCUGCUACUGUCUGAGCGGGGACCAGACACAGGGACCUGCUACUGUCUGAGCGGGGACCAGACACAGGGACCUGCUACUGUCUGAGCGGGGACCAGACAUAGGGACCUGCUACUGUCAAACCAGGACCAGACACAGGGACCUGCUACUGUCUGAGCGGGGACCAGACACAGGGACCUGCUACUGUCUGAGCGGGGACCAGACACAGAGACCUGCUACUGUCUGAGCGGGGACCAGACACAGGGACCUGCUACUGUCUGAGCGGGGACCAGACACAGGGACCUGCUACUGUCUGAGCGGGGACCAGACAUAGGGACCUGCUACUGUCAAACCAGGACCAGACACAGGGACCUGCUACUGUCUGAGCGGGGACCAGACACAGGGACCUGCUACUGUCAGACCGGGGACCAGACACAGGGACCUGCUACUGUCAAACCAGGACCAGACCCAGGGACCUGCUACUGUCAAACCAGGACCAGACACAGGGACCUGCUACUGGCAAACCAGGACCAGACACAGGGACCUGCUACUGUCUGAGCGGGGACCAGACACAGGGACCUGCUACUGUCUGAGCGGGGACCAGACACAGGGACCUGCUACUGUCUGAGCGGGGACCAGACACAGGGACCUGCUACUGUCUGAGCGGGGACCAGACACAGGGACCUGCUACUGUCGGACCAGGGACAAGCACCAUACAGGCCAAUGCACACCAAGAGCACGGUCAUGGCUCCGCCCCUCACCUUCGUGUGUUUCGGUGACUGAGACGUGGUGUCCUUGUGGCACGGUGAAAUGAGACCAGACCAUUUAGAAUGUCCUCAUAUCACAAGCAUGUAUGACUGCAAAGCCAGCGAAACUCGAGGGAUUUCAGAUGGUGAAUACAGCCGAAUCGACAGUUUCUACACAACGUCCUUGUUUGUAUUCCACAAAUGUGUGCACAAAAGUCAAGCAUUCUGAUAUUUAUGAUUUCUGAUUAUUACAAAUUUUUUAAUAUGAUCUUAUACUUUAUUUUCAUGUUUACUGUGGUACCUUUUUAAAAUCAAAAUACAGUAUGAUCUGUAAAUACAAAAACUUUUUUACUUUUGGCUGUGUUUAUACUGAUCUGAUCACAGAAAUAAACAGUGCGUUCUCUAUUC